GUUGUCACUGGUUGUCACCAAUAACAGCUGGUAACCAAAAUAAAAGAAAAAAAAUAGUUUAAACAUUAAAACAUUUAAAGCACGGACGAAAAGUAGGACGUUCCAUGACUUACGACGAUGGCAAAAGUAUUGUUAAAUAACGUGAUAAACGGUGAAACAGACCUGCAGCUGUUGUUCAGCUGGCUUAAGAAUAAUUUACUUGAGAAAGAUGAGACUUCCAAUUGCCCCGACUUUGAUUGCUCAAUUGGGGAAUUCAUAUCUUUUUUCCUCAAUACGAUACAUGAAAAUGCUCAAAAUAUUAAUAAUGCAGUAGAAACUCCAAAAAAGAUUUACACACCUAAAGCCAUAAGGAAAUUAGAGACACCGGAAAGUCAAAAGCCAAAGAGAAGGUCUGCUCUCUUCAGUGAGCAGCAUGAUGAUAGAAAUGAUUUAUCUCCGAAGUGUAGCACACCAAGAAACAGAAACAAGAGUCUCUUGAAUGACAGUACAUUUACUAACGAGAAUACCUGUAUGAGUCCAGUGUCUCCCAUUUAUAUGCGGCUUAACUGCAAUAUUACUCCAAAGAGUCAAAAGAAAAUAACGUUAACAGAUAGAAGUCUGUGCUUGGGUGAUUUCAUAACGAAACGCGGUAGCAGUUCUAAGAAGAAGGGUUCGAAAAAUGAGAAUACGGAGCCGCAGGAGGGAAGGCGGCAUCGCAGAAUAAACCCGACCAAUUUGAAAUUCAACAAUUCUUUCGGCAAAACCGAGAACAGCUUCAAUUUCUCCGAAGAGUCGUUUCCAGAGAUUGCGGCGGAAAACGCUGAAGACCAGAGGAGUGUGCUGGCUGUGGAAAGAAUGAAGAUCGUCAUUGAUGAACCGAAGGUGAUCCUGACGAAGAAAAUAGCUAAAAAGGAGGUUUUGCCUGAUUUAAAUCUCGCCACCUGCCGAAAGCAAUUGGACGUGCUAGUCGAGAUGUACGUUUAUUGCCUGAACAACAAUCUAGUUUUAAACUUGACAAGCGAAUUGUAUUUCGUGCUCUCCCUAAUUUUAAACAAACAAUUUGAGUCUGAAAUACCGCAGUUGCGUGACGGCGAUUGCGAUUACGUUUCUUACAAUGAUUUGUUUAGUUGCAUACAUAAUACAAUUUACUUUGCAAUUAAAGUAUUGGAGCGACAGGUGAAUAUCCUGGGUAUGCUGGACAAGCAGACUGUUAAACUGCUUAUAAAUAAUGAUAGGCUUAAAUGUAUUUCACCGGAAAUGAACAAGGCUUUAGUGGAUAUCAACGAGGGCAAGAUUGAAAUUAGUUUACCAUUGGCGGAGGCUACUCAGAAUGUGUGUUUUAUAACUGAGACGGAUAACAGGCAGAAUUUUCCAUCCGAAGUCUCUUUUCACGCGUUCAGGAAGCAGCGGGACUUGUUUUACGAGUUGUUGAGGAUCUGGGAAACGCAUCAUCUGUCUGAAGGUUGGAACUUCGGGAUGGCUCUUGGUGGAAAAAUUAAGAGUCUAUUCAGUUUACACUCGGAUGAGGCAAAUUUCAGGCAUUUCUCUAGACUCUUCAAGUCGCAGUUAAUCGGAGCUUGUAGCAAAAUCAACAUAGAAAAUAUACCCGAAGAUCAAUUAUCUUUUUUGUCGACUAUUCCGAACAUCGAUAGCGAAAAGUUGAAUAGAUUGACGAACCGUUUAGUGAAGAAAGCUUCACCAAUUAACGGUAUUAAUUCACCUCCAGCGUUUCUCGAUUGCGAAGAGUUUUACAGGGAUUUCAUAUUGACCGCUUCCUUGCACAAUUUUAAUAUUCAUCUUAAGGACACCAUGACGAAUGAAGUAAUUACAUUAUCCAACAGCAACUUUCCUUGCAACGGAUUACAAGAAACAGAAUCUCAGGUUGAUUUGGAAAUUAAAACCUCUUACGUAUCUUGCUUGCGCUCUCUACGAACAUUGGCGAAAUUUCUUGGUUUCCUCGAAACCUUGCCUUAUUCUACAGCAAGCGGUGCGAAGGAGGAUAAAGUUAUCAGCACGGAUAUCGAAAUGAGGAAUUGGUACCGGCCGCAUUUCCAUUUGGAACAGAUCCUUGCGGAUUCCGUAAGCAGCGGAAAUCUGAUUUUGACUAUUCCUUGGAUUACGAAGUACAUAUCUAUGCUGCCCGCUGCCACUUUGCGUCUCAACUAUUUCGUUAAACUUUUCGAUACGCUAUUUGAGAUCUUCUAUAACGCGGAUCCAAGCAACCCUAGCGGUCUUCUCGUCCGUCUUUGCCUCGGAUGGUUGUUCGAACUGAAUCACUUUCCCAGCGAGUUCUACUACGUUUGGUGUACGCGAAACGAGAAAAACCUUUUACAGAAAGUUCAAGCUGGAUUGGAUUCAACCGAUGUAGUUUGCAAUGAUGCCCUGUACAUUUGCUGUCCGUAUUUGUGCGAAUUUAAACGAUUAUUGCAGAACACAAGCACUGGCAAAUCAACAAUAACUGUGAAACAUAUAACGCCAGUGACGGCCAUGGAAUCGCCGGCGCAAGUUAGCCAGAAGAAGAUUAAAUUACAAUUGGAAGAGGCAUUCUUGAACACGCAGCCGGUGUCGAUGAGGAAAACAGUGGAGUUUGUUAGCGAGCGCGUCGCCUCUGCUUGCGUUAAGACUGUCUGCAAUGUAAUAAUUCCCAAGUACAAGGAGAUCGCGAUGGAAGAGUUAAAGGAGUUGCUAAUCAAUACGAGACCUGAGAAUGGACAAUUUGAGUCGAAAGAGUUUUUGGCCGAGACAAAAGUCAAAUGCGACGUAUUGCUACAGAGCAAGUUGAAGGAUCUGUUGUUCACUUGCAACGAAGAAAUCAAUAAGCAAAUCGAGGCUAAAGUAAAGAAUAGCGUGUGUCUGUUGUUGGCCGACGAGGAAUUGAAGCAAACCAAAAGCGUGAGUUCUUCAAUCGCCAUUAGGAUGUGCCGUAAUCGAGUGCAGCAGUGGGUAAUAGCUCAUUUGAAUGCUGGUGUUUUCAGCAAAGAUUUCGACGCGUAUUUGACUAAAUUCGUGAAAAGAGAAGGAGCGCUGGAAGAGUGCCAUCGAAAUAAGUGCAGCGAAUUGUUAUCAGCUGGGAAUAAUUUGGUGCAUAACGAGGAGGUUCCGAGUGCCGUUAAAAUUGUCGAAAUACUAAGAAAUUUGUGCAUCGAUGUCUUGGAAGGUUCACCUGUUAAUACAGAAGAUGUCACUCUCAUGAUUGAUCAAUGCAACCAAUGUUUGGAUCAGCGUGAAGACGUGAAUAUUUCCAUAGUUUCUAUGAUAAAUAAGAUGCUGCUAGAUUUCUUCAUUAUUUUAAUUGCAAAAUUACCGGAUCUCUGUACGAACACCGUUAUGCAAUUGUACAUCGACUUUUGGAAAUCUAAAAACAGCAAUGAAGAUCUCUUCAAGAACUUAAUCUGCCCAAGGAAUGUGUCUAUGUUAGGAGGAAGGACCAAGAGUUGGGAAAAACUAGUCUCCUUUAUCGUUACUUUACUGAAGACCAAACUACUUUGUAGCAGUGAUUUCGAGACGCAGUACUUGGCAAUCUACAAGCAGAACUGGAACGAUGUUUCGCUGAAAUGUUUGUCAAGCUCCGUGCGAGACAUCGCUGCCGAAUGCUCAAAAUUGCCCGAAUGCAAUGCCAAAUUCACGUACCUCCUGAACUUCGUCUCAGAUUUCUGCUCUGAUCUGGAAUCUUUUUAAACGUUUUAUUAUUAUUUUUUUUUAAGACUGAGUCGUUUUAUGUAAAA